UUAAUCAUGGCAGAGUCUCUGUCCUGUCGCGUUCUUUUCUGGCUUCUUGUAGGACUCUGUUUCCACCUGGGGGCGGCUUUACUUCCUAAAACAGUAAAAGAUGAUCUCCGGGAAAAUAGCAAGAUUGUGGGUGGACAAGAAGUGGAACCGGGAUCUCUACCUUAUAUGGUGGCGCUGUACAUGAACGUGAGCGGGGAGGUGAAGUUUCACUGUGGAGGAGCGAUUGUAUCUCCUCACCAUGUGUUAACUGCGGCUCACUGUGUGACUGGAUGGCACGGCGACAGAUUCACAGUCGUCGCCGGCGCACACGACCUCGCUUUCCCCGAGGCGACUCAGGUCAGCAUUGGCAUUGCGGAGGUCACGGUUUCUGAACUCUUCUACUGGGAGCCCAAUUCCGCAAUCCCGGUCAACGAUAUCGCACUUUUGAGGUUGGUAUCUCCUCUGUCCUUCGGCGAGGGCGUUGACGCCGUGCAGAUGCCAGACCAAGACGAGGACCCAGCGGUGGCCGACCAUUGCGUCGUGUCUGGCUGGGGGGCGCUGGAGGAAGGAGGACCGGUGACUUCGGUGCUGCACGCUGUUGAUGUACCUGUAAUUGAUCAAAUGUACUGUGAGGAUUCGUAUCCUUAUCUCAUUACCCCUACUAUGAUGUGUGCAGGUUACCCGACGGGGCAGCACGACGCUUGUGCGGGCGACAGUGGAGGCCCUCUGGUGUGCGGAGGACUUCUGCAGGGUAUUGUUUCUUGGGGAAGUGGGUGCGCAGAACCCCUUAAGUUUGGCGUGUACACUCGGGUGGCUUUUUUCAGGGACUGGGUAGAGAAGCACAACUACAUUCCGGUGUAAAUUGUGACAAGGAGCUUGAGGAAAAGGGUGAAGGGCAGUAGGCUUAUUUGAAACGUAAAUGUUGUGGAAAACUGUUUCGUAAUUGGCACUUCAUAAGUGAUUUUUUUAUUAUAGAAAUAUGGAUCGUCGGGAUUAUCGCUUCGCGAAUGUAAAUAAAGAAAACUGCAGUUGUA